AUGAACCGUGAAGAGGGCAAGAUGCCGCCGGCCAGCCGCCGCCGCGGCACCCGUUCGCUAGUGGCCAGUCCGCUGGACGACGACGACCUCCUCUGCGAGAUCCUCGUCCGCCUCUCCCCGCAGCCGUCGUCCCUCCCCCGCGCCUCCGCCGUCUGCAAGCGCUGGCGACGCCUCGUCUCCGACGCCGGCUUCUUCCGCCGCUUCCGCCUCCACCACUGCCGCAACCCGCCACUGCUCGGUUUCUUCGAAGGAUCUAAAGGUCUGACCUUCGUGCCCACCCUGGAGGCCCCCAACCGUGUCCACCCCGGACGCUUCUCGCUGCCGUCCGGCGUGGGCGAGUGCUUCAAGUGCCUUGGGUGCCGCCACGGUCUCGUGCUCAUCUCCCUUCGGAACCGCCUCCAGGCCCUGGUGUGGGACCCCGUCACCGGCGACCAGCACCGCUUCACCAUUCCCCCGGGAGUUGCCACACAUGGAGAUAGUACCCUGAUCAACGGAGCGGUGCUUCGUGCUGCCGGACACUUCCAGUUCCAGGUGGUCGUGGUAGCCGCAGAUGGUGACAACCAACAUAGACGAGCGCUCGCCUGCGUCUACUCGUCGCAGACCGGCUUGUGGGGGGAUCUUAUCUCCACACCGCUGCCAUACAAGGCUACUGGGUGCAUUUUCCCCACCUUCGUCAAUACGAAUGAUGCUGUGCUGGCUGGAGAUUCCCUCUACUGGGUGCUUGCGGGCAAUUCAGAUAGAAUUCUCGAAUUUGAUUUGGUAAAACAGAUCCUAACUGUGAUACGGGUACCAGUGGAUGUGCGUGUGCAGGUCAGCUGCUUCACGAUUAUACGGGCUGAGGGCGGCGGGCUGGGUGUCUUCUUCCUCUCAGGCUCAGACUCCAACUGCACUGCCCAGUUAUGGGAAAGGAAGACUGAUUGUUGUGGUGUUGCUUCAUGGUUGCUCGCAAGAACUAUUGAACUGGACAAGAUACUUUCCCUGAAAGCACAGAAGAAAGAGGUCAUCUACGUACGAGGGUAUGCUGAGGAAAAUAAUGUGGUGUUCUUGUCGACAUUUGUCAGUCUCUUCAUGGUUCAUCUUGAGUCACUCAAGUUCAAUAUGGUUUUCGAUACCAAACCCUUGGCCUUGUCUCAGUGUCAUCCAUUCGAAAGUGUAUAUGCUGCAGGUAAGAACAUGUCUUAUGCUGAAGAUACAAAAUUUGUACUUUUCUGGUAA